AUGGAGCAAGCGGAGGCCGUGGCUGAGGGCGAAGAGAGAGAAGUCACCUUGGAAAUUCGGCGGACCAAUCCUAACUUUUGCGUGUGGUCGAUUGCCUUGGGUGAUAGAACGAUUGCCAACAUUCGUGAGAGCCUGGAAGGAAACGAGCACCGCGCCCCAACAGGUCGCUUUCUCGGCGGCACGACGUCCUCCCUCGCAUCUCGACGAUUGGUGCUCGAAUUGCUAGUGGCCGACGGGUUCGACCUGUCGUUGGUGAUAUCAAUCCUUUCAUGA